CAUAUGGGACCGGUCGGUCCCCGCGUCCCAACGACAAAUGGCUGUGAGCCGACAAAGAGGAAGAGUGUGAUCUGGGGCUUCUUUUUAUUCUGUGUUUGUUUAUUUAUUUUGGUACCUCCUCAAUACUACAAACAGCCAGAGCUGUCUCCGCGCUCACAUGGCAGGUUAGAAGGGGGCAAGAGGCGCUCUUUGUCAUCCGUGUGAGCAGAUUACAUUUGAUCCGUCUGGCAGAAUGAGAGAGUCCUGUUGACACCACGGAGAGAUACACGCUGAGACCGAGCAUGGCUGUGGACGCUGCGUCCAGCUUCAGCUUUUGCCGUGCCUCCCUGGAGCACACUCUGUCUGCUGAGGAGCUGAGCUACCAGCUGCCGCAUCGCGCCGGAGGCAGCAACCUGACCUGGCAUGACGGCCAUGGCCAGAAGACGGCACACACACGCACCGUCAAGCUCCUUCAGCAGCCCGGCACAGAGGGCAUCCAGCUGCGUCCAGGCGAGGCCUUUACUGUUUAUCACACCAGUCCAACGCUCUCCAGUCUGUCCAAACCUGUGGUGCUGUGGACUCAACAAGACGUCUGCAAGUGGCUUAAGAAACACUGUCCUCACAACUACCUGACCUACGUAGAGGCCUUCUCUCACCACGCCAUCACAGGACGUGCAUUGCUCCGUUUGAAUGGGGAGAAGCUGGAGAGGAUGGGAAUUGUCCAGGAGACUCUUAGGCAGGAGGUUCUCCAACAAGUCCUCCAGCUACAGGUCAGGGAAGAGGUGCGCAACCUGCAGCUCCUUAGCAGAACUUCCUUUGGAAAUUUCUCUUAGCUCAUCCCUGGAUCUGCUUGGCAGCCCUUCCCCUCGUCCCCUGUCACAAUACGUCUCUAGGAGCCAUGGAAAAGCUGCUGUCUUCAGAUAUGCGAGCGGGGAAUUGAUGAGUGAAAGGGGAGAGGACGAGCCUAUACACUACAUGCCAACUGGUCCAGAGGAUUCUCAUUCAACACGGCCAAUCUGGUUUGCAGACACUGAGACGGAGACAAAGCCCCGUUCACGGCAGAGAUACCCACUGUAACAUGAUGCAGUGAAAAAUUCACUAUCGUAGGGGUGAUAUCGACCUGGCACUCGCUCAAAAUUAGCAAAUCAGCAUGAGGUAAUUUUUUCCUGACAGAAGCUUUCCAUGAACAUGAUCCAUAAUAGUCCACUUUCCUUUCAGUUCAGAUCAUUACACCGGUAAUUCUUUCCAGGAUUUACAUCGAAUAGGGUUUUACGUCCUGUGAUACUGGCAAUAUGUGGGUAAUUCCUUGAGUUACAGUGUAAACACACUUUUACAUGCAGUGCUACUGUUUAGAAGUAAAAAUGGCAGUGUGUAGCGAUUCCUGACAUCUAGCAGUCUGGAGGCUGGAGACGGAAACGUUGUCAAGUGCCAUCCAAUCUGCGAUCUCAGCAUAUCGCAUCUAAAUUGGUAGGCCACAUUGCCUAACGAGGAAAAACGAGCAACUUGGGCGUCACCCUGAAGACCUUUGUUCAGUGAUCUUUUAUAUGUGUUUUUCCACCUUUGCGUGUGCUAAAACUGCUCAUAUGUGUUUUUGCUACUUCGAUGAGGUCAGUUUCCCACACCGUUGCCUGGUCUUGCAUAAUGCAAUGUGUAUAAGUCUCCAUUUCUUAAAUGUGGGCCCCCAAACCUCUCAUUCCCAGUAACUGAUUCCUCCACUUCCUCCUUCAUCUCCCUCUGAGCAACAACUCUUCUUCUACGUGCCUUUCAUGGAGGUUGUACAGACCAUUCUCCAAUCGGAAAGCACCUGUGACACAAAUCAUAUAAAGUGUUAAUUCUAAUGUUGAAUAAACACUAAAAGACACAGAUUUUAAUAAUAUGAUAUUUGUUUUCUCAGAUAUUUUUGUUAUUGUUACACAUGGCAACUUUAAGGAACUUUUCAGUAAAUAAUACUUAAACCUGAAUGUCAUUCCCAAAAUAAAACUUUUUGUAUUGUGACUUAGCUGCAGUAUGUAAAUGAGAAAUAUAUGAGCCUUUUAGAGUAAUAUUCACUUUAACCUGUGUGUACGUUAACUUUAGUGUUUUAUUAAUAGUAAAGAUCCAGGAGGCUGACAGAGUUACUAUGAUAACCAAUCAUUCAUUUUCAUACCCGCUUAAUCCUUUGCCGGAUCACGGGUAUGAUAAUCACUGACUUUUUGAAUUUGAAUGGUUAGCAGUGAAGAGAAAAGAGCAAUAUCUGGGGUUUAUUUCAAGAGAUCUUCCUUACAGGGCCGGUUUUGUCUGUGGAGGUAAAUACUUUGUAAAUGUGUACCUCACCUGUUUCUGUUCCUGAUGUGACACUGAAGUUUCAGAAAUCAAGACAGCCAUGACAGCUGUCAACAUGCAAAAUCUGCAAACUGACUGAAAUUAAAACCCCAGAUGCAACCCAAGGCAGCAGCAGACAGCUAGGUAUGAUGAUGCUCAUGUCUCAUAAAUAAAUAAAUAAAUAAAUAAACUUACAACAAAGAAAACGUUGUCAUCCAAUAUCCCUCUGUCGGGCCCUUGACAAGAAGUCUUGGAGAAAAGGGAGAAAACACACUGUUAUUUUUAGAUUACCUGAUAAACUGUAAAUAUCGACACUCUUGGUUUACUUUGAUGAUUGGUAAAUUGUUUGAAAUGCAAAAAAGGGAAAAUAUGAAAUAUUUAUCCACUUUACAGAUAUGAAGGCAUAUGUGUGCAUAGACAUGUUGAAAGCUGUGUUUUUUGAAUAAACCUGUUAGGAAAGUG